UUUGCAAGCAGGUAGAAGACCUAUAGUGAGAGACCAUAUCCAUCUCCUGCAUUUCUCCGAACAGGUAGGGGGUCUCAGAUUCUCAACGACAACUCUUCUCAGAGUCUCCCACAGAGAGAGAGAGAGAGAGAGAGAGCGCAGUCAUAAGGUAGAAUUUGUGCGGGCGUGUUUCGGGAGUGUCGCUGGAAUUUAAGCGGGCGAGAAAGGCGGCGGUUGUUGAGGGCGAGGGAGUAGAAGACAGGGUGGUGCUAUUGCAGAAGGCUGAGAUGGUUAAGGAAGACGACAUCAUGAUGCAAAGUCCCGGAGAGACUGGCGGCGACGGUGUCGCUAUUGAAAUUCCCGAAACUGCCCAUGAAGUUAGCUCUGAUUCAUGGUUUCAAGUGGGAGUUGUUCUCAGUACGGGGGUCAACAGUGCAUAUGUUCUUGGAUAUUCUGGCACAAUCAUGGUCCCUCUGGGUUGGAUAGGGGGUGUGGUUGGCUUGAUUCUAGCAGUUGCUAUAUCAUUGUAUGCUAGUACUCUUAUAGCUAAGCUCCAUGAACUUGGAGGAAAGAGGCAUAUCAGAUAUAGAGACCUUGCAGGAUUUAUUUAUGGUCCAACUGCGUAUUCACUUAUUUGGGCAUUGCAGUAUGCAAAUCUAUUCUUGAUAAAUAUUGGAUACAUCAUUAUGGGUGGACAGUCCUUAAAGGCUUUUUACACUCUCUUUAGAGAUGACCAUGUGAUGAAGCUACCCUACUUCAUUAUGAUAGCUGGAGUGGCGUGUCUCCUCUUUGCCAUCGCAAUACCUCAUUUGUCAGCGCUAAGGAUUUGGCUCGGGGUUUCAACAAUACUUAGUAUGGUGUAUAUUAUUGCCCCAUGUGUGUUAGCCCUCAAAGAUGGUAUCAAUUCUCCUCCUAGAGACUAUGGCAUUCCUGGAACAAAAGUGAGCAGAAUAUUUACGACUGUUGGAACAGCUGGAAACCUUGUUUUUGCUUUUAACACGGGAAUGAUUCCAGAGAUACAGGCUACAGUGAAACAACCUGCAGUGAAGAACAUGUUGAAAGCGCUUUACUUUCAGUUUACGGUAGGAGUUGUGCCCAUGUUGGCCGUUACUUUCAUAGGGUACUGGGCUUAUGGAUCGAGCUCAUCGGUAUAUUUGCUCAACAAUGUCCACGGUCCGCUUUGGGUAAAGGCAUUUGCUAACCUCUGUGCUUUCUUACAAGCUGUCAUUUCCCUGCAUAUAUUUGCGAGCCCGACAUACGAGUUUUUGGAUACGAAAUACGGGAUUAAAGGAGGCGCCCUUCUCCUUCGCAACCUGGGAUUCAGAACUUUGGUCAGAGGCGGUUAUUUAGUUUUCACCACAUUCCUCGCCGCUCUGCUGCCUUUCCUCGGGGACUUCAUGAGCCUUACUGGUGCCACAAGCGUGUUCCCGCUUACAUUUAUCCUCGCAAACCUCAUGUACCUGACCGCUAACGGGAGCAAGCUGAGUUCCCUACAGAAGAGCUGGCACUGGUUGCUCGUUACCUUCUUCGGCUUGUUAUCUGUCGCUGCAUUUGUGGCCGCCAUUCGGCUGAUUGUUGUAGACUCCCGUACAUACCAUCUGUUUGCUGAUCUAUAGCUUUCCCAUUCUUAAUUCAUAUUUUAGCAUCAUUGUUAUAGUUCUACUACUUAUAGCAGAGUUUGUGUGGUUUAUCUUCAGCUUGAUGUGAUUGAUUUUUCUCACUCUCUUUAGAGUGAGACACACAAAGGGGUUGAUAUGGUGGCCUUGGCUAUCUGCUCCAUGAGCCUCAAUCUGCCCUUCAUAUAUGAAUAAGAAUUUUCAUUGUUGCUUCUA